UUGCGCGCGCGUAUCGCGUUCCUAUUGGCCUCGGUUCGUGUUUACGACGCUUGUCCGUUACUAACUCGCGAAAAAGUGAGUUUCGGGCUUUCCAGAGAACGACGGCUGUGUUUGCGAAUUUCUUUCGCUUUCGAUAUUCGAAAAUUAAAAUUCGCUCAAACGGGCACCGUCUAACUAGUUUAGAAUAAUUUUGAUAUUUAUACGUCUCGUGUAACGAACGUCUCGUGGAAUAAAUAUUAUAUUCCGUGUUAUACGAACGAGAAUAUUUUUUCUUCCACUUCUCUCACUGGAUCGAAUUAUCGCGAGGAUUAAAUUCGAAAUUGUGUCGCGUGUGCCCCAGUGGUGGUGGCUCUCUAGGAGAGCCGCAUUGUCAAGUUUCUCCGGUUACUUUGCACGAGAGGCGAUAACUCGCGAUCAAACCGCCACUUAGCUCAACUUUAACACGCGUAAUCCUGUUUACGAAGAACCCUUUACACGGGUCCUGUUCCAGAGAGGACCGUAUUCUUCUUCGUUUCGCGUCGAGAUUCCCGAAAAUUACGAGAUCUACCGCGAUAAUCCGAAAUUACAGCCUCGUGGACGCACUUCCGAUUCGUGAUUGCGUAAAUCGAUACGGGAUCGUGAAUACGUUUCGAUUGUUUAAUAAAACGCGGGAUUAUCUCGACGGAGGCGACCGAUCAGUUUGGCGUGUCGAUACAUUGUAUAUUCGCGGCCGUCGGGAAUGAGAAGGGGUUGCCGCGCUUACGUCGAAAUUACACGUUCGAGUACCGGAGUAAAUUAUUCCUCAUCAUCGACGUCGAAAGAGGCUACGUUCUCUUUACACCUGCGUCACGCAUCGCUUAUUCGUGCGCUGCGGAUCAUCGAUAAACCGUACUUAACGUUUUUUCCAACCAUCGCUCGCGCUUACACUCGAAAACCAGCCUCGUACCGCUUCGAGCGUCUUCCAAUUAAAACAUACGUUAUAAUUAUCCGGCUAUCACGAUCGACUGUAUUUUCCCUCCUCGAUUUCGAUUUUAUUUCUCAAUUAUUUCUCGCCUUUCUUUCUCUGUCUCUGGAAAUAUAUUUUAUUCUUCAAUUUUAGAUGUAUUCUAUAUGAUUUUUAAACCUAAAUUGGAUUUCGUUCGAGUCGAAAUUACGUAUUAAUAAGAUUCUGAAAAUAGGAUAUUUGAAUAAAUUAAGAUAAUUUAAAAACCUGUAAUGUCACUCCAACGAUACUGCAAUACAUAUUUCAAAAUAUCAAAUAUAAUAAUAAUAAUAAUAAUCUACGUUAGAAAAUCCAUUAACCAAAAAACUGGACUCGCACCGUUCUAAACGACGAACUCCGUCCACAUAUCGACGGAGGUUAAGCGUGGAAGCGAAGCGUUCUCUCAGGAUUAUCUCGGUUGGUGCCGCGGGGGUGAAAGCGUGCUUUUAAAAGGUUCCGAUGGGAAACCCAGCAGGGCGUGAAUGGCUCGAGACGCGUUCCGAGGAGCAUUCCGUGAGAGACGAAUUGGCGAAACGAGGAGGGAAUAAAGGCAGCGCGACGCACUCGUGGGGGGAGGCUCCCUGGGUGUAGACCCCAGAGCGUGCUACGGGGCGCACACGCGCGCCGCCACGCAUGUGUCUUUAUUCACGAAACUUCGGUUUACCUUCCGGCUCUGUCUCUGCCCUUUUUCCUCUCGAACAGGAGAGCAGGAGAGAAAUUAGAAGAGUCCACUUAUGGCAAUACCUCGACGCGUACGUCGUCGUUGGGGCUUUGUUUUUCAUCGAAAGUGGUUGGACGGCCCGGGCGAAUAAAAGUCGUGGGAUCGUACGGGUGGCGGUGAUCCGCGCCCGUCCAAUUUCCUCGCCGGGACGCUAUUUAGGUAUAUCCAUAGGCGAUAAAUUAUCGGGUGAAAUUUGUAGCCGGCGCGUCCGCGGGGCGUCGAAAUAUCUUACGACUAUUUAGCGCGACGUGGAAUCCCGUUUUUCGUAAACAUGUCCGCGCCACGAAAGAUACGGUCGUUUUAUAUAAAAAACGGUGGCGACGCUCGGGAUUUCUUCUUCUUCUUCUUCGUUUUCUUCCUCUUCUUCUCCGCCGCAGCGAAAACAAAAGGGAGGGAGGAAAAUGGUGCGUGUGAAAAUAAUGUUUUCGUUGAUCCUCGUUUGUCACGUGGGCGACACCGAUUUCGACACACCGACUCUACGAAUAGAAAGGUUAUACGUGAGCGAACCUCUUUUCCUUCGUUUUUCCUUCUCCCCCUUUUCCUCCGUUUCCACGAAUAUUUAUUUUCGAUCGUUUCGUUUCCAAAAAGUGUGAUAUAUAUUUUUAUAGUUUGAAAAUUUUUGUAGUGAAAAAUAUGUGAGAGUUUCUACCUAUCGGGAGGAAAAAUACCCAAACCAAAAAGGUUAAAAAGAUUUUAUUUACCGAUGCUCUACUCAAUUCUUCUCGAAAUAACUCCGCGCCCCUGCCGUAUUAAUUACCAGGAUUCGUUUCAUCCUCAUUUACCGCGAGCUAAUUUACCGCGGAGAAGCCGUAUAUGCGCGCGAUCCUUCCCUCGCGAGCACUCCGCGAGAGAGAUCGACGACGUACGCCGCCUUUGGGAAGCGAUUAAUCGCGCCACCGUUGCCUCCCUUACGACAGAAUUUCGCUCAGAGUUGGAAUAAACGGAGAGGAAGUGGCGACGCACGUGGGACUUUGGGGUAUUUUGGGAUCUGGAACGAUUAAAUUUAUUGAAAGUUUAAAAGUUUAAAGAAAAAAAAAAGAAAAAGUGACGCCUCGUGAAAUUGAAAAAAAUUGUAUUCCGUAAUCUAAUUUAACUUGGUUACGCUCGAUUCUCGUACGUGUAGAUAAUUUGUAAAUAUUAUAUCUUACACGCGAUUAUCUAAAUAGGCUCCGUGAAUUAUAUCCUGUAACUUAUCAUCGAUGUUAUUCGAGAACAUUCAUAAGGAUUCCAUGCAAAAAUGACAGGUUACUCUCCGGCCAAUCGUAUGAUUAUUCAAAUGGAAGUCCCAGUGCACUUAAGAGUAAGCUGGAUGGAGAGUACUUCUCGAGUAGAGAGAUCUCUCCACUUGAAAAGUUAUGAAGGAACUAGAUGAGGCAUAGCUGCUCGGAAUUAUUAUUAUGUAAAUCACUCUGCGUAAUUAAAUAAUCAAUUGGCGUGUUUAUUAUUAUCCUCGACAAUUCUCUGUCUCAAUAUUGCAUUCAUUUGUCGCGUUUUUUUUUCCAGCGCGUGCAACAGGUAUAAUCAACGAGAUAGACUUUUUUUCCUUUUUUAUUCUUGUUUAGCGAUUCCGUAUUGUAGGAAUUAUUAAUUUUAAUUAAAUAGUUACCGCGACGUUAAUAUCUUGUUCUCCUUACGCGAUACAGAUCUCGUUUCUUUUUUUCCGAGCCAAAAGUAUCGAGGAACUUGUUCAAUUAAAUAUAUAUUACAUAGGUUAUUUUCUUCGAUCGCGUAUGGAUAGUGUUUAUAUUGAUUAUCGAUAUUAUUACGAAUCUUCCAACUUGGAUCAAUUAUAUAUCGAUAGAUCGUUCACUUUUCAUUUAUUAUUAUCUACUUCGGAAAUACGAAAACGCUAGCUCGACGGAAAAUAAUAUAGCUAAUGAAAGGCGAAAUUUAUGGUAUAUUUUUUCGGUACGAAAUUACACGCUUCGCCGAGUUUACCGAACUCGGCCGAUGACUCCCGAGUAUAGCCGAGUGUAACCGCGAGAAGCCGAACAAUAAGAAAUAAAUACUUUAAUUCCAACUGUUGUGAAGUUUACUUUUAUUUUAUUUAUCUAUUGUUGUUAGCGUACCGAUAUCGUAAUAAUCUUUCAUGUUACAUAAACGUAAUAGAAUAUUUUUAUGCCCGUGUACAACAAUUAGGCACGAAAACGGUAUACGCGACAAGAUAUUUGCUAUCUUUAGUCUCCAUAAGCUCAUCGUUGAUAUCGCUCGAACAAAUGAGGGUAUUUUUAUUCGGUAAAAAGGGGUCGAAAGCAUUUCUUACCGCAUUAGCAUGCAACGAGUAUAAUUUUCGUGCGAUAUUUCGAUCGUUUAUAAAAGUGCAAACACGGCUCGUUGAUGUACGAAGGUUGAUCCCGACAAUUUGACUUAUUCGAGCGGCGAGACGAUAAAUUUCCAUUUAAUUUAUUCGGUCUCGAAACGCUCGAGUGGCAUUCACGGUAUACACGGCUGUCAUUAUACGAAAUUACGUGACAAUUAUCGCUAUCGGGGAACCCUGAUCACGAGGGGACAUCGAUGUCGCGCUACAUAAUUCCAGUUACGAGAAACGUCUGCUGGUGAGCGGCGGACAGCCAACAACGGCGACGUCGCCGGCGAUGUCGUCGGGGGGCGCCCUAAGUCCUGGCGCCCUCUCACCGUCGUCGACGGCGACGACGACCGGCGCCGCGGCGGCAGCCGCCUCCGGUGGGGCGAGCACCCCCGUGGCGGGUGCCACGGGACCCGGUUGCUGCGAGAACGGCAGACCCAUGAUGACCGAUCCAGUCACCGGCCAAUCUGUGUGCAGUUGUCAGUACGACAGCGCGGCGAGGCUAGCUUUGGGAGCGUAUCCAAGGCUAGCACCGACCGCGACCUCCUACUCGUCGUAUCCCACGCCGACACCCUCCACCACCGACCAAGGACCCUAUCCUAGCAUUGGAAUGGACAGCUCCGCGUUCUACCCUCCUUUGGGAAAUCCGUACGGAUUGAAGGACACGACGGGAAUGGGGAUGACGGCGGAUAUGGGUGCAGCAUGGGGCACGGCCGCCCUUCAACCUGCCGCCACGGGUUACUACCCCUACGAUCCAACCCUGGCCGCCUACGGAUACGGCGCCGGAUACGAUUUGGCAGCGCGGCGGAAGAACGCGACGAGGGAGUCGACGGCCACGCUGAAGGCAUGGCUGAACGAGCACAAGAAGAAUCCUUAUCCGACCAAGGGCGAGAAGAUCAUGCUUGCGAUCAUUACGAAGAUGACACUGACGCAGGUAUCCACUUGGUUCGCGAACGCGCGGCGGCGUCUGAAAAAAGAGAACAAAAUGACCUGGGAGCCGAAAAACAAAACCGACGAUGACGAUGACGCGGUUCUCACGGACUCGGAGGAUAACAAGGAGAAGGACGAUCUCGCGGGUGACAAUCAAGGCGACAGGGUCGGAGAGGAGGCGAGGAGAGGCCUCGAGGAAAAUGAGCCGAUGAGGCACGUGAAAGCGGAGCACUUGCAGCACGACAAGGACCUGGACGAGGAGGACGACCUCGACCUCGAGGAGGAUCCCCGCCGGGGCGAGCACCCGUUUCACCACGCGAUGCAGCACCACCACCACCACCACCAAGCGUACCCGGGCGAGGACCACCUCAAGGACGAGGGGAUCGUCAAAAGCGACUGCAGCGCGGCGGGCGUGCCGAUACCCGCGACCAAGCCGAAAAUCUGGUCGCUGGCCGACACGGCCGCGUGCAAGACGCCCCCGCCCCCUACCCACCCCCAUCAUCAGCAGUACCAUCACCUUCAUCACCAGCAGCACUACGGCCAGCAGCAGCACCACAUGCCCAACCAAGGCCACCACCAUCACUCGCAGCAGCCGUGGCUCGGCUCAGGGGGCGGGGGCGGGGGCGGAGGCAACCUGAGCUCGUUCGCGCUUCCGUCCUCGGCGUCGAUGAGCCCGUCCGCGGCCGCCACAGCGCCUUACUCGAGCGCCGCCGCGAGGUACGGCGGAUUCCUCUCGUCCUCGUCCGGUGGCCAGCUGCACUACAACCCCAACUCGUCCUCCGGCUCGAGCUCCUCGGCGUCCUCCUCGGCGGCUGCGGGGUUUCCCGAGGUUGGUACGGACACCCCACCCCAGACACCGCCCAACAUGAAGGUGGCUACACCGAAUGGAGUGAUCCAGGCACCACCGGGCGGUUACUGCACUGGUGGCAACGGCAACGCGACGACCAACGGUAAUCCAAAUCCGUACGGGCAGAGCCACCCGGCGGCCGCCGGCUAUCUGUCGACCAGUUCCGGCUCGGCGAGCAGCGGCUCCUCGUUCAGCUCGAGGCUGCAGGCGUCCCCGCACAAGGACUUCUCGCCAGCGGGGCAGAAUUCUAUUCUCCACCAGCACCAGACCACUGCCAGCUUGCCGCCCACGGAGGCCACCACCGCGUUCAAACCGUUCUACAAGGGCUCGCAGUCCAUGGGUAGCGGAUUCGUGUCGCCGGUCUAAGGAACUCGCUGGAUCGAUUCUGGAUCGACGUCGCGUUCCUCCAGGAUCGAAGAAAAGGGCUGUAAAUACGCUCCGCAGAGGGACUCUUCGGGAUUUGCCAUCGCGACUUCUGCGCCAGGAGGAGAGAAAAAGAAUUAGCGAGGGUGGAAAAAAUAUAUAUAUACUCUAAAAGAAACGGAAGUAUCGUCCUUGAGAUACAUAAAUCGUGACGCGGGGGCACGGAAAGACGAAUGGGGAAUGCGAGCGCGUGCGCGCCAGAGUCGGCUCAGAGGAGAUUUAGGAAUUAAGGGAAUUACGUCCAAGUGCCUGCUUACGCACGAGCACGUAAGGGAGAAGAAGGGAUAGGUAGAUCUCGAGGAGGAGACGUGCGCUGAAUCGUGGAGAUUUUAGGUGAGGAUCGCCUAUGAUUUUUUGAAACUGGUCGAGCAAUUUCGAAAAGAUGCUUAACAUAAUGGAGGAGGAAUGUUUCCUUAGUCAACCAAUUCUUCGAUUCGUCGUCCCUGUAAAUAACGUAGGACAUCUUGCGGAUGAUUCGAGAGCUAAAAGAGACCGGUAAGAAAGCGUAAUGUAAUAGGUCGUUUUGUACAUAUAUAUAAAAAUUGCGAAUGGAUGGAGAAACGAGAGUUUCGUGCAGAAUUAUUUUCUCGUUCGUUCCAUCCGUAAUCUGUUCAGUCUCGCGAUAGUCCACCAGCCGAGACCCGCAAAAUCAUACGGGCAACGUGCAAAAUAACAGCCAUUUUCAGCUCCAAAAGCGAGCCCUGAUGCGGUCGUGGAUCACCGUUCCAUUACACGGUAUUUAUUCGUUACACAAGUUUUUUUUCACCGCACCAACGUAAAUUCCUUUCUUUCUUUAUUUCGCGAAGAUAAAACGAAAACUUUUCGCGUUACGUUUUGUGUCGUUUAAAAAUUUUGUUUCUCGCCAAAAAGGAAAAAAGCGAACGGAAACGCGUUUAUAUGACGUGCGCAUUGCCGGUAGCGCCCUCUUUGGCAUCACAGAUACGCGCGAUAUCAAAGUUAUCGAUACACUGCUGAAAAAAGUGUUUAUUUUUAAAAGUCACUGGAGUCGUAACGAAUAUAUACGGUGUUGUGAAAUACGAGCGACUCUUGUACAAACUUCCCGAUAUCCUUCGACCAACUCGCGUGUCCUUUUGUCCUGUCCGAGGAUUGGCCGCAGCGUCGUCGAGGAGGCGGAGAAGGGGAAGAAGGAGGAGAAGGCGGAUCGCACAGGCGCUACUCUAUCCUUAACCUACCGGAGUAACUCUUUAAUUAAACUCCCGAUGAAUUAUUCUCGUGUACACGCUGUUUGGAAAAAAAAAGAAAUGACUUGGCGGAUCUUUGGAAAAUUUGUCAAAGUCGAGUCCACGGUGUGAGAGAAGCCGAUUCAAAAUUAUUGCAACGCAUAGGCGGAAGCGGAGUGACGAACAAUUUUCCCGCUGUGCCGUAUAGACUAUUCGAAACUCCGUGAUCUUUUUCUCCCGAAUACCGCUCGAGUUUCAUAUCUCUCGAGCGACCGAAGUUCGUCACUCAUGGAUGUUGCCCACCAUGGAUGAUCGUCGUAUGGUGAAGAGAAUGGUUAAUGAACUAAUUAAGUGUAAAAAAAAAAAAAAUUCGUCCUUUUCCCGCGGCGGGCAUCGUGCACACUCCCAAUAUGGACUCUCCUGCGACACGCGCGCCACGAGACUUCGACGAUAGCAACGUGUUCCGUUUUAAUUAGCAUCGUAUUUCAUUACUUUCGACCCGACUCUGUGCAAUAUAUUUCUUUUUCCUUUUAUAUAUAUAUUUUUUUUUAGAUCGUGCGCUCGUUGAUUGUUCGCGUUUCUCGUGGAAAUGGAACAUUUCGAUAUAUAAUACGUGUAUGUGUGUGUGUGUGUGUGUGUGCGAGUGAGCGAAUACGUGUGUUCGUAUGUGUAACAAUUUUAAUCUCUUUGGAUCCCUUUGAUUCGAUUAAAUUUCGUGGUUUUUGGCGAUAGGAAUUUUCAAAGGGCAACCUUUGACCCGUGGUUUCAGAGAAACGAAACGGUGCACGGUGCUCGAGAUUGUUAAUAUUUUUUUAUAUCGUACGUGUAUAUCGUAUAAAUCAUCCCUCCUUUCGAUAUUAUUGAUGGUAGAGUUGUUUCUCGAUUUCUUUCGAACGAGCGGAAUGGACACGAAGGAAAGGCGAAGGCAGGAAGGGGAGAGAAGAAAGAAAGAAAGAAAACUAAUUGUAGAAAUCAUUUUGUACUUUGACACAAUGUGUAAGUGAGUGUGGUGCGUGAUUUGCGUCGUUUGCUUCGAGAGAAAGAGAGAGAGAGAGAGGAGGAAAAAUUGGAGGAGAUACGAGAAAGGAGCGCGAUAGAAGAAAUUGUACAUUGUUUUGUAAAGAGUACAUUUAUUUAUAUCUGUGAUAAUGGGCAAGGUUAAGUAGAAAUGGAAAGAGAAGAGUUGCAAACGAGAGAAACGGUUGAGAGAAUGCGAGAAAGAGAGGAAGAAUGGAGAAUAUACACAUGGACGAAAAUAUAUAUAUAUAUAACCGGAGGAAAUACUACUGGUACCGAUAUACCACGACGAAGAUGGUCGGUGCUCGUGCAUUCGUUGACACGUAUGUAUAUCGUAUAUAGACUAAUUAAAUAAUAGAGACUCGAUCAUGAUUUUUGUAAAUAAUAAUCAGCGUAGCCAGGGGAGAUACCAUCAUCGAGGGUCGAGUGUAUCGUUUUAUGAAUCCAUGCGAGAAAAUAAAAAUUGAAAAAAAAAAAAAUUAAAAAAAACGAAAAAAAAAAAAAAUAAAAGAA